UCACAUUGACGGACUGCAUCGGACGGUCGUCGGCAGGGAGCGGAAACUGAGCGAUAAACCCUCGGUUCCACCCGUAUCUUUUGCCGAGGCUCUUAUCUUGCGGAGUUGUCUUAUCGCGCGCGUUCAGUCAAUCUUAUCGCAGCACCAGAAAGUCGGGGGAAAAGUAGUGAAAAGCAGCCAGCUCAGUGUGACAAAAGUUGGUUGGAAUUCAAUGUGUUUUUCCGCAGCUCGGCGCUGUUAUGCUGCUUCAGUAGGAUCAGGAUCAAGAGCAAGGUAACAGGCACUGGACGAACCCAGCCCUACAUGUCCCACAACUAGAGUCCGUUCUCCAGCCCAAGGACUAGCUAAGGACACCAUCCCAUCCCAUCAUGCCGCUCUUCACGAGAAAAUCACCCAAACAGGGACCCACUGCGGAUGGGGGCUCCCAGUUCGGAAGCCGCUCCUCCAUGAAUUCCGGCUCGUCGCAGGGCAGCCACAUCAGCAAUAACAAUAACAACAACAGCAUUCCGGAAAAGACGAAGCCGCCUCUGGUUUUCCAUUGCCAAUUGGCCCACGGAAGCCCCACCGGCCUCAUCCACGACUUCUCCAGCGUUCGCGAGCUGUACCAGAAGAUUGCCGAGUGCUUUGAUAUAUCCGAGAAGGACAUCCUCUUCUGCACCCUCAACUCGCACAAGGUGGACAUGACGCGCCUGCUGGGCGGUCAGAUCGGCCUGGAUGACUUCAUCUUUGCCCAUCGCAAGGGUCGCCCCAAGGAGAUCGAGAUUGUGAAGUCGCAGGACGCCCUGGGGCUGACCAUCACGGACAAUGGAGCCGGCUACGCCUUCAUAAAGCGGAUAAAGGAGGACUCGAUCAUCGAUCGCAUCGAGCACAUCUGCGUGGGCGAUCACAUCGAGAAGCUCAAUGGCCAGAACAUGGUGGGCAAGCGGCACUACGAGGUGGCGCGCAUGCUGAAGGACAUAGCCACCGGCGAGACCUUCACCCUGCGCCUCGUGGAGCCAGUGAGGAGCGGCUUCCAGGGCAUCGGACCGCGCAGCCAGUCGAGGGCGUCGGGGUCGGCCGGGGGAAAGAACUACGGGAGCGGCAAGGAGACGCUGCGCUUCAAGGCCAAUGGCAAUGCCCAGAUCGAGCCGCAGUUCGAUGAGGCGACAGUGGCCGGGAUCGAGGCCAUCAACAACCUGCUGGAGUCCUUCAUGGGCAUCAACGACACGGAGCUGGCGUCCCAGAUCUGGGACUUGGGCGACCAGAAGUCCAACUCGAUGGACUUCGCCGAGGCCAUCGACAACUCCGACCUGGAGUCCUUCGGCUUCACGGAUGACUUCAUCAUCGAGCUGUGGGGUGCCAUAACGGAUGCCCGGCGCAAAUCCACGACCAGUCCCAAGUAGUUGGGACCGUACCAUACCGAGGUUCGGGCGCAUUUCACUUUGCCUGUUUAUUGGGGCCCAAUAAAACCAUUGAAAUGAGGACUUGUUCUUAGUAA